GUCGAUCCGGAGACCAACAUCGCGUUCCCCAAGACGAUGCACAUCGAGUCGAAAGUCAGGAUCCCUGACAUGACACUUCUGGGAGUAGGGGUCCGCAAGGUCUCCUUCCUCAAGGUCAAAGUCUACUCGAUCGGCUUCUACGCCGACUUGAGCAACCCCAACCUCAAGAUCCCGGAGGGUGCUACCCCGGAGGAGAAGCUCGAAUACCUCGUCCACAACACCACUUGCUGCGUCCGCAUCAUCCCUUACCGCAACACCAACUACCAUCACCUGCGUGACGCCUUCGUCCGCGCCCUUCAGUUGCGGCUGAACGAAGCUAUCCGAGACAAGGCUCUCGACGAGGACGCCGGCUUGAACGCGUCGGCGAACAUCCGCAAGGUCAAGACCAUGUUCCCGAAUGUGUCUUUGAACGCAGGGAGCCCUUUGGACGUUUUGCUUGCACCGCCAGUGCCGGGCAAGCCGCGCGUCGCCAUCUUCCGGGACUUGGGAACGGUGGAGGAUGAGUUUACCUCCACCGAGUUCUUCAUGCAGUACUUCAGGGAAAGGGAUGCGCUACCUAGCCCUCCGGUAAGCCUCCCCGUUGAUUAUGACCAUCACCCUUUGCUGAUCUUGGCUCGUAGCUCAAGGAGAGGGUCAUCGCAUCUUUGCCAGCUUGAGUCUGCGGGAGCUAGACUGCGUCAGUUUGUCUGCUAG